UCCAAUUCUCUUUUCCGGGACUACUGAAAAGCUGUAGUUAACUUGUAAAUUGAUAUAGACUUUUAUUUACUAGGAAAAACUUUACUAUAGUAUCUUUGGUAACAAGAGAAAUACAUUUUUUGAUCUGGAUUUAGGAGAUAAUUAUUAUUUACAGGGAAAGAACAAUGUUAAAAUGAUGACUCCAAGUGAGGAUGGAGUAGUUUGACAGCCAUAUGUGACAUCAUGAAUAAACUUAAGCUUUUGAAUCACCAGAAGAACUACCGAGAGGAAGAUCUUCUGGUGAAUGUUAAAGACCUGGGUGCUGAGGUGAAGGAGGGAGAUGUUAUUGAGGUUUACCACCCGGAGGAUGACUUGCCUCGGCUCCUCCUCCAGAUACCCAAGACAAUUGAGGAUGUCACAGUACAGAAAGACACCAUCAGCAUUGAACAGAGUGUUGCGUUCACCUUUCAGCUGCGAAACUACAAAGAUGUGAUAGUAAAUAAAGUUGACCCCAAAGAUGUUGCCUUGGAAUUGGUGGAACUUACCUUUAAGGAUCAAUACCUUGGCCGCUCAGACAUGUGGAGACUUAAAAUGAAUAUGGUGAACUCUGUCGUGUACCUGAACAAGAAGUUAGAGUUUUGUUGUGGAACCAUCCGCUGUCAAGUGUAUGAGAUGUGGGCCCAGGGAGGGAAGGUUGCCUGUGGAGUUAUAACAGAAGACACAAAGGUUGUGUAUCGGUCCUCAACAAGCAUGGUGUACCUCUUCAUCCAGAUGAGCUCUGAGAUGUGGGACUUUGAUAUGUAUGGAGAUCUCUACUUUGAAAAGGCUGUUAAUGGAUUUCUUUCAGAGCUGUUUGCCAAAUGGAGGAAAGAAGGUAGCAACCAUGAUGUAACCAUUGUACUUUUCUCGCGCACCUUCUAUAAGGCUAACAGUAUUGAAGACUUUCCCCCAUAUAUGAGGGAGUGUCUGCAGGAGGACUACAAGGGCAGAUUUUAUGAAGACUUUUACAGAGUGGCUGUGCAGAAUGAGAGAUAUGAUGACUGGUCACCAACCUUAACUCGUUUACGUCGCGUGUUCAACAACUACUUGCCGACAGUGUUAGAUCAUCAUCGUAAUCAGGGUGUUGAAGUGCCGGAAGCAACCAAUUCUUGUGCCUCCAAAGGAAAUUUUCUGGAAGUCCUUAAUAUAUCCCUUAAUGUGUUUGAGAAGCAUUACCUGGAUCGAAGCUUUGAUCGCACUGGCCAGGUCUCUGUUGUAAUAACUCCCGGUGUUGGAGUCUUUGAAGUGGACCGGGAACUGACAAACAUCACUAAACAACGCAUCAUUGACAAUGGUGUUGGGUCGGACAUGGUGUGUGUGGGUGAACAGCCGCUGCAUGCUGUUCCACUUCUAAAAUUUCACAAUAAGAAGGGAAGUAUCAAUGCUGAUGACUACAGUAUGCCCCACACAUGGAUCAACCUUAGUUUCUACUCUGCCAAGAAGAAAGUUGGCUAUGGCACAUUUGUUCCUCGGAUUAAACUUCCGCCUGAAAAACCCAAGACUGUCAAGAGAGAGAAAUUUGAUGCAUUAAAUAAGCCAUGUAUGAAACCAGUACAAGAGACUGCCUUGCCAAAUUCUAUUUUUGACUAUGAUGCUUAUGAUGCGCAGGUGUUCAAGUUACCGACAAAUCAAAAUAAUAAGACUUACCGGAGCUUGCAGAGGACAACCACAAGAAAGAAAGCCAACAGUCACUCCUCCUCUGUCCAGCCCCUCACAAGACUCAACCUCCAGCGGAAGCUUUCUGACCCUGAUCUCUACAACAGCAUAGAACAGAUUUCCAGCUCAAUGGUCGCACUUGGGAGUUCAGUCAGUUCUGUGUUCGACAAGUCUCCGGCCAUCAACAUUCCUGCCCGUAUCACAGAAAAUAAGACAUAUUCACAUUCCUUUGGUGCUCUUAAUGUUGAAGGUGUCAACAGACCAAGAACUCAAACACUGUAUGAGGGAGAAGAGUUGUCUCCACCACAUUCAGUUAAAGUUGGCUCAAGUUCUGGCACAUCUCCCAAUGACAACCCUCAGCAAUUGAUUAAGAAUAAACCAACAAAUGUCCACCGUCCAGGAAGGUCUCUUAUAAACCCUUUUGAUCCAUCACACGUCACCAUCAAACUUACAUCAAACCGCAGGAGAUGGAUCCACAUAUUUCCAAAAGAUCAGUUUGGUGUAUUAAUCCAGCAACACCACUAUCAGGACUCCAGCAGAAGAGCCAAGGAGGACUGGGUGUCCUCUUCUCUCAACACACCUGACACGGACGUUUGUCAUCCCUCACACGUGUCGUCAACACCCACAAAGAGCGCCAUUGCUGGAGACUUAGUUGGACCUCACCCGAAGACAAUCACCUCCCAACUGAGCCAAGAGAGCAUUAAUUUCAACCGUCGGGAGCCUCGGCUUACGACCUCCUCAUCUCUAGGCAGUUCUCUCGCCUCAAUGGACAUAUCACUACGAGGAGCGGCUACACCCCUGAAGACAAGUAUGGGGAGUGGAGGUCUGCGCACUGUUACAGGGGGAACCACUGGAAAGAUCAAGUGUCCUGCAACCUUACUCUGGGGAGCAACUGGAGAGCAGGAAUGGACUGCAGCUCUGACAACAGCUCCUGAGAAGAGGGACAUUGUCAAGACAAGUAUAGGUGUUGACUGGAAAAGUUUGACUCUGCCUGCGUGUCUGCCAAUCACCACGGAUUACUUCCCCGAAGACCAGUCCCUACAUAAUGACUACGUGGUGGCCGACUACAACCUUCUCCCGGACGAUAUAGAGGAACCUGCCCGGCCCAGCAGCGGAAGCAAGUCGUUAACUACAAGGCUGGUGUUUCUUGAGCUGGUGUCACAGAGGCUGGCCCAGGGUUUUCAAAUGAUUAUGCUGCCAGAGAAGAAUCCCACUCAAACAGUUGAUGUGUAUGGUAAUAAUCCUCGAUAUUCCGGGCUCGGUUCUCUCUUGAGAACGAGGAGUCGAAAUGAUGAGUCAUCCGAGGAAUAUCGUCUUUCUAUUGGUCGUAUUUUCCAUAAAAUCCUCCUUUAUGGCUCAACGAUAACAGUUACCAUUUACAGACCAAGGCAUCCAUAUCCUCAAUUGAAGCGCCAGUACAAGUACAGGUUCCAGGCCCCAGACAUGAGCAGCUAUGAGGUGUCUUGGGUCGAGUUUCGUACUGAGAGAUUGGAAACAUACAUGUGGAACCAUCUGGAUAAUUACAUAUGUUACCGGGGAGAGUCUCCAGAUUAUCCACUUAUAGAGCCACUAAAAUUUUGGCGUUUCCGGGUGCUGCUUGUCCCCGACUGUUUCCGCACUGCCACCAGAACCAUCAUGGAUGCUGGAGCGGGUGUACCCUGUGAUAUAUACAACCAGUUGACUCUUGAAGAACAGCAGACGACCAUUGAAGGCUUUCUCAGAUUUGUUGAGAUAACAGUUCACCGCCUGAAGAGACCAAUAAAUGCCAGAAAGAGUCGGAAGGCAGGGGGUAGUGGGAAGGUUGGUGGUGUGUACGGGAAUAUUGGCAGGCGCCACAGCCUUGGUCCGCAAGUAUGUUGCCUGCCCUCCACAACCUCCUCCACCUCAACCACUACCACCUCUACAUCUAUCACCACUACUGCAGGACUACUGGCAGGUGCAAGUGGUCAGAAUGUUGCUGCCUUCCGUGAGCGUCUUGGCAGUAACAGGGUAAUGGAGCGUCCUCGACCUCGAUCGGGAAGUAAGACGGAUCGUUUUAAAUUUGAAAGUGGAAGUCGGGAGGCACAUUUAGACACCCCUGAGAUGAAGUCACUCGUGGAGCCAGAGGAGGAAAAUAAGGAGGAGGGAUGUGACCAAGUGAAAGGUGUGAGCUUACUGAAGCAGGCCGGUCUUCCUGCCUUCACCUUUGUCGCUGAUGCCACAGCCUGGGUGUGUGAGCGUGUUGAGGGGGCCACCACUGAGGUUGUUGCUGUAGAAUUAUUACAGAAAAUGUUGAAGAGUGAACUAAUUUGUCAUGCUUCAGGGGAUCGUCAGCAUGCUUUUGUGCACGGCUUCUUUUUGUAUUACAUCAUAACUGGAAGUAAAGACCAGGAUCAGGUAAACAGUGACCCAUGUACAUACCGCUCUGAGUGGCACGAGGUUGAGGUGGAGCCUCUCGGUGUCAAGCCAGGAGGUGUUACUGCCACUCCAAGAUCUACAUCACCACCCACACCCUGUCCUGCUUUCCUCCAGCCGGACCUUCCUCUGUAUUUCCCAUGGAAAGGGCGCUUUAAAUUAUACAGGAUUGGUCUGUUGGACUUGGACUGCAACAAUCGCAGUGAUCGUAUUGAGUGGGGCCACUUGAAGCACCACUCUAUGUAUAACCCGAUGCAGUCUUUUGAGGUCAUCAUCCAGUGGUUGUGUGCCACAGGAACCAUAGUGACUGACCUAAUGAUGACUUGGCAACGAAAAGCUCAAAGCUGCGGACUGUACCUGUUCCCUGUGCCAAGUGAUCCGUUCGCACUGCCAUAUUCUUAUAACUCAGAUCCGCUGCGUGGGCCCAUACUGAUACCUCUUAAUGUGGCAUGUCUCAGUGUCGCUGGAGCUGAACCAUUUGCUCAGUUCACAUCCAGCACCUGGGGUAGACGAAUGCACCUCUUUCAGGAAGCCAUUUUGGAGAGGUUUGGUUUUGUGCCGUACGUGACAGAGACUCACAGCACGGAACAGAAUCAGUACGUUCAUGUGACCGGAAACAUGUUUGUCAUGAUCCAUUCUCCGGGGACGGGGGUUCACUCCCACCUGCCGUAUCCCUUAGAGGCAUUGCGCAGUCGAACUCUCACCAACCCUCUUACAUCAACAAACUCCACUCAGGCUGACUACCUCUAUGGCGUGUCCAGCCCUCACGUGGAGUAUUUCCAUCGCUUGAUUGCAGACUUAUAUUCCCGCGAGAUCAGCGAAAAACAGCCCGGAUUCCUUUGGUCUUUCAACUACAUGCUCACAAAACGCUGGAAAUCCUCAAUUUCCGGGGAUGAGAUCCUCGCAGAGAAAAUGCUCCAGGAUUUUCGUCUUUUCUGCACAAACAACCAAAACCGGUUGAGGGAGUUUUGGGACUCCCAUCUGCCCUCUCUGUCACCUGUGUCACCCACAGAUGAACUGAUCGCUGAACCUUAGGUUGUUAACUAUUUUAUACGAAGUUGUGCCUCUCUAGUGUUAAGUACAGUGUGAUGUACUAUACACUUUAUCAAUAUUUACUUCCCUAACAAGUCAUCAUUAUGAAUCAAUACAGGCAGUCCCUAAUUUAUGAAAAUGCACAAUUACAAAAAAAGGUAACACAUCUUUUGUCCCACGAUUCAAUUUACAAAUGAAAAAUCCGAAGUAAGGAAAUUUUUCCUAAGUGUUUAUGGAAAAUGAUAAAUUGCUUUUUAUUUUUACCAUUGCUUACUUCUUUUACUAGGCUACUUCCUUAUUCUCUAACACACAAUGUUGUUAGGUCAACAGAUAAGCUUUCAAUAUGUCAUCCUCCUACAGUCACCAGAUAAUGUAUUCCUCAAACUCACUUAGUAGACACAUCUCCACCAACAGUCACUCAUGUAAUAGAUGGCACAUUUAAUAAAAGGAAAUUAUUCUGUA